AUGGGCAACGGGCAUGACGCCGUCGACCACCGGCCCGACCAGGCCGGGAGCCCUACCCCGUCGCUCGCCUUCGCCGCCUUGCCGCCGACGAUCGAGGCCGCGAGCCAGCCGGGAGAGGAGAACGAGUUCGAAAUCAACGAGGAGCCCUUCAACGACGGCACCGCGAGCGUCAGCUCGAGCGUCUACGCCUUCACCUACGAGCGCGGCCGUCGCUACCACUGCUUCAAGAACGGCCGGUACCCGAUCCCCAACGACGACCAGGAGCAGGAGCGGGAGGAUAUGAAGCACGCCAUGCUCAUGGAGCUCACCGACGGCACCCCCUUCUACGCACCCACCGGCGACCACCCCCAGACCAUCGUCGACGUCGGCACAGGGACCGGUGAGCUUCCCCUUGGUACCCUGCUCCCUCCAUGCUGCCCAGCCCUGCCCAGCCCAGCCCUGCCGUGCCAUGCCUCUUGGCACCCCCGCCGCUACGAGCACGGCCGGCCCGCGCUCGUCGCCGUGACGUGCCGUGACAUGACCGACGCGCACCCGUCCCUCGGUGACAGGUAUCCGAGCGCCCGCGUCCUCGGCAUCGACCUGACGCCGAUCCAGCCCGUGUGGCUGCCGCCCAACGUCGAGUUCCUCGUCGACGACUGCGAGAAGGAGUGGCUCGUCGCCGACGUCGACCUCGUCCACUUUCGCUUCAUGGCCAUCUUCCUCCACGACAUCAACCUCGUGCUGAGCCACGCGUACAAGAGCAUGCGGCCCGGCGGCUGGGUCGAGUUCCAGGAACUCGACGGCACGCCCUUUUGCGACGACGGCACCAUGACCGACGACGACGCCUUCCAGAGGCUCCACCAUGUCGCCUCCGAGGCCUACGCGGCCCUGGGCAUGAGCAUGUCGGCUGCCUCCCGUCUCGAGUCGGUCCUCAUCGACGCCGGAUUCGUCAACAUCCAUUGCAAGAUCCUCAAGGUGCCCAUCGGCGUCUGGGCCAAGGACAAGACGAUGCGCCUCAUCGGCCUCUACCAGAAGACGGCCGUGCUCGAGUUCAUGCCCGCCAUGGCCGGCCGGCCCUUCGAGGCCCUCGGCAUCCCCGCCGCCGAGGCCCAGCUGAAGCUUGCCAUGGCUCGGAAAGCACUUGAGGAUACGACGGUGCACCGCUACUUCAACUACUACUUCUGGUACGCGCAAAAGCCGACGGAGCCCAUGUCGCACGGGCCUUGA